GCAUUCAGCCCGCAGCGCUUCCCUGAUGGCGCGCGUCUCUGUCCAGGCAGGCGCUGGCUUGCUGGGCAGCGACACUUCCCUGCUCCUUGCUUGUGCCUCACUGUCCCCACCUGCAGCAAGGGAACAAUGAGGAGGCUUAAUUGGCUUUGUGAAUCUUUGCAAACUGCUCUGAGAGAGUGCCAGAGAAGAAGCUGUGAUGCCGUUUCCACUGCGCAAGGGCAAAGAAUGGGUCAUGUAGAAGAGCAGAUUUAAUGUGAAGAUGGGACUGCUGGUGUUUAUGCGUAACCUGCUGCUAGCCCUCUGUCUCUUUCUGGUGCUGGGAUUCCUUUAUUACUCUGCUUGGAAGCUGCAUCUUCUCAGAUGGGAGGACUCAAAUUCAAUGGUUCUUUCCUUUGACUCCGUUGGACAUACAAUAGGCUCAGGAAGGAGAGAGAGAAAAAGUGUGACUCUCGUGCUUCCGCCGUCCAACCCAUCACACCCUGCUGCAGACCCAGGAACAGACAGAGCCCAGAAAGAAACCAAAGAACACAUGGCUGCUGCGGGCCCAGCCAUUCCCAAAUAUGACAAACUGGGCUUUCUCCUGAACCUGGACUCAAAAUUGCCUCCAGAACUAGCAUCAAAGUACACAAAUUACUCCGAAGGGGUUUGCAAGCCUGGGUAUGCGUCAGCGCUCAUGACUGCCAUCUUCCCAAAGUUCUCCAAGCCAGCACCCAUGUUUCUGGAUGAUUCCUUCCGAAAGUGGGCACGGAUCAGGGACUUUGUACCUCCCUUCGGAAUUAAAGGACAAGAUAAUCUGAUCAAAGCCAUCCUGGCAGCAACCAAAGAUUACCGCCUAACUCCAGCCCUUGACAGUCUCAGCUGCCGGCGCUGUAUCAUCGUGGGAAACGGUGGAGUGCUUGCAAACAAGUCGCUGGGGUUGAAAAUCGAUGAAUACGAUAUUGUCGUCAGGCUGAACUCUGCCCCGGUGAAGGGCUUUGAAAAAGAUGUGGGUGGCAAAACCACUCUGCGGAUUACCUACCCUGAAGGAGCCAUCCAGAAAAUGGAGCAGUACGAAAAGGAUUCCCUCUUUGUUCUGGCCGGUUUCAAGUGGCAAGAUUUCAAGUGGCUGAAAUACAUCGUUUACAAGGAGAAAGUGAGCGCAGCCGAUGGGUUUUGGAAGUCCGUGGCAACCCGCGUCCCAAGAGAACCUCAUGAGAUCCGCAUCCUGAAUCCUUACUUCAUCCAAGAGGCAGCUUUCAGCUUCAUCGGACUGCCCUUCAACAACGGCCUGAUGGGCAGAGGGAACAUCCCCACCCUGGGAAGCGUAGCAAUAACCAUGGCGCUCCACAACUGCGAUGAGGUAGCAGUCGCGGGAUUCGGUUACGACAUGAGCUUGCCCAAUGCACCGCUGCACUACUACGAGAACAUCAAGAUGUCGGCCAUCAAGGAGUCCUGGACGCACAACAUCCAGCGGGAGAAGGAGUUCCUGCGGAAGCUGGUGAAGGCCCGUGUCAUCACCGACCUCACCAGCGGGAUCUGAGCUGCCGUGGCCACUGCGUAGAAGGGAGGAGACGGGUCGCCGCAGCGCCAGGAGCAGAUCGCGGGUCAGCCCCCAUGGGGUCCCAGGAAACAGCGACACAGCCGGGUGCUCCGGGUGGAUUCUCUGGAUUGCCAGGCCGCGCCAACACCGCACCCGCCGUGCCCAGCCUGGGGGCUGCCGGCGGGAGCCAGGGGUGCAUCUGCGAGGGCAGCCCUCGAACUCAGCACCGCAGACGGGACGUCUGCAUCUGGAAAUGCAUGGCGAGGACUCCAGAGGGUCCGUGAGCCAGACAACUCGUGCCAAACCCAGCGGCGCUGCCCAGGCAGCAGCACUGAAUGUACCAAGUAUUAUUUCCUCCCCCCCC